AUGGUCACUGCUCAUCAGAACAUUGUUUCGUUUACACAUAGAAAGAGGAAGGUCUCGCUUUCAUCCAGAAGUGAGGAUUAUUACAAUGAGCAUGAUGGGGUGACAAGCAUGAUGCCAACAGCACCAACUAAAAGCUUCAAGUGCUUAAAUCGCGCAGCACUGAAAACAGAGGAGGACGCACAAUUAGAAGGCAAAAUCACAAGAUCAUGGAGGCUAUGCAGUGUGAAACAAGUAGAAGAUCUGAAGACUUUAAUCAGAAUUUUCCCACUAUGGUCCACUAGUAUUUUAAUAAGGACCACAAUAGGGAUCCAAUCUAGCUUAGUGGUCCUCCAAACUCUAAGCAUGGACCGUCACAUUGGGCCUCAUUUCAAAAUCCCAGCUGGAUCAAUCCUAGUCACUGCAUUCAUCUCCACCUCCAUCUCUCGCAUCAUCAUCGACCGAUUCCUAUGCCCCACGUGGCAAAAGCUAACUCGUGAAUCUCCGACCCCACUCCAACGUAUCGGUCUUGGCCACAUGUUAAAUGUACUUAGCAUGGCUGUGUCAGCCAUAGUGGAGUCCAAGCGACUUGAUAUAGCCCGAGCCCACCACGUCCAAGACCAGCCAGGUUCCACAGUGCCAAUGUUGGCCUUGUGGCUCCUUCCACUACUGGUCAUUGUUGGUAUUGGUGAAGCAUUUCAUUUUCCGGGACAAGGUGCAUUGUACUAUCAAGAAUUUCCGGUGUCUUUAAAAAGCACAUCAACUGCGAUGAUCGCGAUGCUUAUCGGGAUAGGUUUCUAUCUAAGCACGGCCCUGAUCGAUUUGGUUCGGAGGGUAACAGGAUCGUUACCGGAUAAUAUAAAUAAUGGGAGACUAGAUAAUGUGUAUAAACUUGGGUUAUUAUUUAACCACAGUGUAUUGGACGUUAACUGUGGUUGGGGUGUUAAACUUGGGUUAUUAGUUAGUAUGUGCAAGGUUGUACAAGUAUUGAAAUGUUGA